AUGGUUACGAUUGCUGCUGCUGCUGCCUCCAGGAGAAUGCUGUCUGUGCUUCUGCUACUGUGUCUGUCCGGAGUUGCCUGGGCUAAGACUCAUCGGUUCGAAUGGACCGCUGCGUGGGGGUCGCAGGACGUCGACGGUGUUGGUGUCCGGCCCGUGAUCACUUGCAAUGGCCAGUGGCCUUGGCCGGAUAUCCGUGUCGACAAGGGCGACCAGGUCGAGGUGUACUUGACCAACGGUAUGAACGACUCGACAACAUCGCUGCACUUCCACGGGCUGUUCCAAAGGGACAGCGGGCAGAUGGACGGCCCACCCAUGGUCACGAACUGUCCCCUGGUCCCAGGGGACACGAUCCUGUACAACUUCACCGUGGCGGACCAAGUUGGGACUUACUGGUACCACUCGCACACGGCGGGUCAGUACGAGGACGGGAUGCGCGGUCUGUUCAUCAUCAAUGAUGGGGAGAACAACAAGGACUACCCGUACGAGUACGACGAGGAGGUCGUGCUCUCCAUCGGGGACUGGUACACGGAGACCGUCACGGACUUGAGCAAAGCGUUCCUAAACUUGUACAACCCUACGGGGGCGGAACCAAUCCCUAGAAACUUGAUCCUGAACAACACGAGGAACCUUACUUGGGACGUUAAACCUGAUACUACGUACUUGCUGCGGAUCUGCAACAUCGGUGGGUUCGUCUCGCAGUACUUCUGGAUCGAGGACCACGACAUGACAGUCGUGCAGAUCGACGGUGUCUACACGCAACCAAACACGACAAAUAUGCUGUACGUGACCGUUGCGCAGCGGUACUCCGUGUUGAUCCACACAAAGAACGACACGAACCAGAACUUCGCUAUCAUGCAGAAGUUCGACGAAACCAUGCUCGAUGUGAUCCCCAAGGAACUAGAAUUGAACUCGACUUCGUUCAUGAUGUACAACGAUUCGCUACCUAAGCCAGAACAGGACGUCGUCGAUGAACUCGACUUCCUAGACGAUUUCUACUUGACCCCACUACACAAAGAGGAGGCCCUAGGUGAGCCAGACCACAGAAUCACAUUGGACGUAGUGAUGGACAACCUGAUGGACGGGAAGAACUACGCGUUCUUUAACAACAUCACGUACACGGCGCCAAAGGUCCCCACACUAAUGACUGUGCUGUCCGCGGGGGACCAAGCGGAUGACGUGACCAUCUACGGGUCCAACACGAACACUUUUGUCCUCAAGAAGGACGAAAUCGUCGAACUAGUCCUCAACAACCAGGAUACAGGUAACCAUCCGUUCCAUCUGCACGGCCACGUUUUCCAAGCCUUGAUCAGAGACGUCGAGUACGACGACGCUCUAGGCUUGAAACCCGUGUCGUACGACCCGGACGACCAUGCACCAUUCCCAGAGUACCCUAUGAUAAGAGACACAAUCUACUUGAGACCACAGUCUAACCUUGUCAUCAGGUUCAAAGCGGAUAACCCGGGUGUCUGGUUCUUCCAUUGUCACAUCGAGUGGCAUUUGCUGCAAGGUUUGGCCAUCGUGCUAGUCGAGGACCCGGCGUCCAUACAGGCUUCAAGUUCCCAAGCGAUCACGGCAAACCAUUUAUCCGUGUGCGCCAACAGCAGUACACUGAUCAAGGGUAACGCAGCUGGUAACACAGAUAACUUCUUGGAUUUGACCGGUGAGCAUGUGCAAUUGGAUUCAAUCCCCACUGGGUUCACAAAGAAGGGUAUCAUCGCAAUGACCUUCUCCUGUUUCGCUGGUACGUUAGGGUUGGUGACUAUUGCCAUCUACGGGUUACUGGAUGUGAAGAGUUUGGACAAUGUUGCGUUCAACAUCAUGUCAGGUGGCGCCCCCACGGUCUCGCCUGAUGACAAGAACACCAGCGCUCAGGAGUUGGAUGAGGAGUUUGAAGCGAAGCAAAUUGAUGAGAUGCUAGAGAAGAGCGAGGCUCAAAAGAGUAAACUUUUGGGCAAGUUCAAGAAUAUCUUUUGA